AUGAAAUCUUUCGAUCAACGUAAUACAAACACAGCCAAUACAUUUUAUGCUGAUGAUGGUACAAAAAUACCAAAUUUCACUUUGAUGUAUACAGAAGAUACCUAUCUUUAUUACGAUGCUACGACUGAAUUGAAUGCUAGAAUCCUAAACAUUCCGUACAAAAGUUAUGGAAAUAGUAAAUUUGUCUUUACUGUCAUUCUGCCAAAUGACAAUGUAAAACUCUCGGAUGUUGAAUCAAAAUUAUAUGAACUCAACCAAAUGAAAAGAAUCUACAAGAAACUUCGACAUACUUAUAACAUUAAAUUAUGGUUACCAAAAUUUAAAAUCGAAUAUGAAUCCGAUUUAGUUACUAUAUUAGAAAAGUUAGGCGUUCAUGAUGCAUUCAGUGAUAAAGCAGAUUUUAGUGGCAUAAAUGAUGAAAAAAAUUUAAACAUAAAUAAAAUCAAACAUAAAGCUUUUGUUGAAGUUAAUGAACUAGGAACUGAAGCAGCAGCGGCAACUGCAGGUAGGUUACAGUUAAGUUUAUCAUUUUUUUUCGAUAAGAUGAAAGUUAUCCAGCAGAAAAAAGAUGGACAAUAA